UUCACAAAAUCAUCAAAAAACUCAAGUUGAAAAACACAAGAUCAUGAAUUAUUCUUUAAGGAUGUGUUUGAUUUUGUUGUCAUCAUUUGUAUAUGCUUCUUUUGCUGCAAAUCCAAGGACUCCUAUUGAUGUUCCAUUUGGUCGUAAUUAUGUGCCUACUUGGGCUUAUGAUCAUAUCAAAUACUUAAAUGGUGGUUCUGAAAUUCUGCUUAAUCUUGAUAAGUCCACUGGUACCGGCUUUCAAUCCAAAGGGUCUUAUUUAUUUGGUCACUUUAGUAUGUUCAUAAAAAUGGUACCUGGUGAUUCAGCUGGAACUGUCACUGCUUUCUAUUUAUCCUCCCAAACUGCAGAACAUGAUGAGAUAGAUUUUGAGUUCUUAGGAAACAGAACAGGUCAACCAUACAUUUUACAAACAAAUGUAUUCACAGGAGGCAAAGGAGAUAGAGAACAAAGAAUUUAUCUUUGGUUUGAUCCUACACAAGCUUAUCAUAGAUAUUCUGUUUUGUGGAACAUGUUCCAAAUUGUUUUCUUUGUGGAUGAUAUCCCAAUAAGAGUCUUCAAGAACACCAAUCAGUUAGGAGGGAAAUACCCAUUUAACCAACCAAUGAAAAUAUAUAAUAGCUUAUGGAAUGCUGAUGAUUGGGCUACAAGGGGUGGUUUGGAGAAAACAGAUUGGUCCAAAGCACCCUUCAUAGCCUCAUACAAAGGGUUUCAUAUCGAUGGUUGUGAAGCUUCUGUGAAUGCAAAAUUUUGUGACACACAAGGAAAAAGAUGGUGGGAUCAACCUGAGUUUCAUGAUCUUGAUGUUGCUCAAUGGCAAAGACUAAGAUGGGUGCGUCAAAAAUACACAAUUUAUAACUAUUGUAAUGAUCGUAAACGCUACCCUCAAGUUCCUCUGGAGUGUACACGAGACAGAGACGUUUAAUUAACUUUCAUAUACUAUACUACUGCUACAAAGAAUAUUUAUUCUUCAAAUGUGUGUUAAAAUUGGGGGGGUUCAUCAACACAUGUUAGUGUUAUGAUGCAAAGUGGUUGUUAAUAUUUUAUAUUGUUUAUUGUGAUAUGUAAUUGUUUGAGCUAUAAAUAUUAAUCAAAGAUUUGUGGAAUGGAAGGAGAUGAUUUUGAUGUUUUAACUAA